CGGGUGGUGAUACUCUCUCCGGUGAAGAAUCUGAUGAGGAGGAGGAGAACGCGUGAGGAAGACGAAGAGGAGGACGAGUCAAUUUUAUUAGAGGAGACGCACUUAAUGGAAAAAGAAAGAUAGAUUAGGUUCUGACUAGUCACCAAACACCAACUUGCUCUUUAAUGGGCUUUAUUAAGCCCAUUUGUUAGUGUUAAGCCCAAUGUAAGCUUUCGAAAUUUGAAUUUGACAGUUACUCUCUUUAUAUCUCGUUCAGCGCUAAACCAACAAGCCAAGAGAGACGGAGAAGAUGAAGGGAGGAGGAGAGAAGAAGAUGACUCUAGAAGAGUACGUUGAUUACUUCAACUCUGGAAAGUCCAUCGACUUCACCUGCUCCUACCUCAAUCAGAUCCUUCAUCUGCACGGUUUCCGAAAGCUUCACCACUCGACUAAGAAAACUGUUGGCGAAGCCGUAGACGCAGUGGAGCUGCUAGAUCUCUCUCGCUCGACUCUGGAUCAAACCACACUCUCCUCAUCGUCAGCUUCCUUAACUCUCGAUCAAGUGAUAAGCGAUAUCGAAGCUCUCAAAUGGCAGGAAUGUUGUAUGACCUCUCUCCAGAUCGUCAGUUCCGAUGUUACUACUCGAGCAGUGGCCAAUCCGAAAGAGCGAUCGAACAAGAGAAAGAAGCAAGGAAACGAAAAGAAGAUGAGGAAGAGGAAUGUUAAGAGCAUCAGAUCUGUGAAUGAAGCAGCAGCUGAAACCUCAUGCUCGUACUAAACCACUCUCUGAUAUUUUCCAGUUUAGCUUUUAUUAUUCCAUAAUCUCAUGUUCCUUGUAGCUUGUGAUUGGUGAAUUUUAUAUCAAUUGGGUAAUUACGUUUACGUAGAUAAAUAGAUAAUAACUAUGCAUUAUACUUCGAGAAAAAGACUAUGCGUUAUACGAUCAAUGUUAUAACAAUCCGUAUGAGCUCUGAGUGACACAUCAAUUAAUUACCAUUUGGACGCAAUUUUAAUUUUUACCACUCUAUGAAAAAAUAUUUAAAAGAAAAUUGUGUGUUACUUGUUUGCGUAUUGAAACUGAUAAUUAUAUUAAUCCCUUUAAACUUAAAAGAGAAGAUGACAAAAAAAAAACAUAAAAGAGAAUUAAGUAGCCAGAUGAGCUUAAGUUACAUUACAUAAGCAGACAAAAAGUAACACAUAAUAGUUUUUUUGAAGUAAUGAACUUAAUUAUGAUUACAUACUUACGCUCGUACCAUAUACGUGGUAAGCAAAAAAAAAAAAA